ACCAACUAACCUAACGUUUGAAGUUUGAAGUUUGAACUUUCAAUUUCCAGCUGAGGCUGAAGAACUCUGAAGCAGGGCUCAGCUUAGGCGGGCAAAUCCUUCUCACAGUAUAUGUGGAUCUUCAUCUUCGUUAAGUAUAUCAUUUGCAGUUCAAAUCAAGGAAUUUUGUGCAGUGGCGGUAGCUCUUGCGCUUAAACUCCGUCAUGGCAUCAACUUCCUCAUCUAUAGUUGCCAGAAGAAUCAAAAUCCUAGUUUCCUCCUUUAGACCUUCGUCCUGCUCCUUAUCAACCCUGCCAACACCUCUCGAAGAGAACCCAUCAGGACACGAAGAGUCUCGCUUUCUAACUCACAAUUCCCCCGACGCCAAAGUCUUCGAUCACUCCGCAAUCCUCCGUUUCCCAGAAGUCCAAAUCUCCACACUCCCUAAUGGCAUCCGUGUUGCAACCCAGAGAUCUGUAAGCAACAAUCAUACUGCCUCAGUGGGUGUUUGGAUCGAUACUGGUAGCCGAUUUGAAGCUCCAGGUACCAAUGGUACUGCUCACUUCCUGGAACACAUGGUCUUCAAGGGCACUCGACGACGCUCCUCUGCUGCCAUUGAGCAGGAAAUUGAGAACAUGGGUGGACAUCUAAAUGCAUAUACGUCACGGGAGCAGACGACUUUUUAUGCUAAUGUGCUCCGUGAUGAUGUCCCCGUUGCCAUUGAUAUCCUUGCUGAUAUGCUGCAGAAUUCCAAGUUUGGUGAACAUGCUAUAAAGCGGGAACGUGGGGUUAUCCUCAGAGAGAUGGAAGAAGUCCAACGUCAGACUCAAGAAGUGUUAUUUGAUCAUUUGCAUUGGGCGGCUUUCAGAAACAACCCAUUAGGGAACACAAUUUUAGGGCCACCGGAGAACAUACGGACUAUCUCAGGGGAUGAUUUGUGUCAAUACAUCUCUACCCAUUAUACUGGACCUAGAAUGGUUGUAUCUGCUGCUGGUGCUGUUAAACAUGAUAGGAUUGUUGAUCAAGUCAGUAGAUUUUUCAAGCGGAUUCCUUAUGAUCCAACUACUGCACCUCAGUUGAUUGAUAAAAAUCCAGCUAUAUUCACUGGUUCCGAGGUUCGUGUGGUGAAUAAUGAUAUGCCUGUUGCACACGUUGUGAUUGCUUUCAAGGGGGCCGCUUGGGCUGAUCCAAGCUCCAUCCCUCUGAUGAUGUUGCAAUGUUUGCUUGGUUCUUGGGACAAAAAUGUCGGUGUUAGUAAUUAUUCAGGCUCAGGGUCAGAGUUUAUCAGAAGAAUUAGCAAAAAUGAAUUGGCUGAGAGUGUGAUGGCUUUCAAUACUAAUUAUCAUGACACAGGACUGUUUGGCAUCUAUUCCACUGCCAAGCCAGAAUGCCUGCACGAUUUAUCAAUUGCAAUAAUGCAAGAGUUCUGCAGAUUGGCAUACAAAGUUUCAGAGGCAGAGGUAGUACGAGCUCAAAAUCAGUUGAAAUCUUCCCUUUUACUUCAUAUUGAUGGAACCAGUGCAAUUGCUGAAAAUAAUGGACGUCAGAUUCUGACAUAUGGGCGUGUAAUCCCAUACUCGGAGUUAUUUGCACGAAUAGAUGGUGUUGAUGCUUCCACAAUAAAAGAGAUGGCAGAGGAAUUCAUAAUCAAUAAGGAUGCUGCCAUUGCUGCGAUUGGACCAAUUCAUCAGUUGCCUGACUAUAACUGGUUCUGCUCUCAGACACGUAUCAAGUGAAUGCCAGGAUAUGGAACCUUACAUGAUUAUGAAUUGUGAAGCAACAACUGUUUGGCUUUGUUCACAGACUGCUUUGAUUACAAAUCACUUAAUCCAGCCAGACCCAGCCCACUCAUGAACAGCAGCGCUCUUAAUGAAUGGGAGCCAAACUCUAUUUGACAUUGAGCCAGGUUUUGAGGUGUUAAGGGUCUUAAUCUGUGGAAAAAUGCCAAGUUGAAAUCACUUUGAUGGAACUAAAAGAUGCUACCCUUUUAGGGUAUUAAUGCUUUCUCUCCACCGUGGAUGAAUCUAGACCACAAUGUCCAAUCAUUACUCGGCCAUCAGAAAAAAUCGCCUUAUUGAAUUACAUGUUUUACUAUUAAUUUAUUAUAUGGAAUAGAGUUUGUUUUUGUA